UUGAUUUUUUGGUAAAAAGAAACUCCAAUCGUCGAAUUUUCAACAAUGAAAAAACCCCAUCAAAACUAGGAAUAAGCAGUUGUAUCUGUAAUGUUAAAAUGAAAAUGAAGGGCGAAAAUUUUAAUUUUCACAUGCAAAACAAUCUAAAUAAUGUAGUUACGUUCACAAAUUGAAUUUACUUGUUUAAAAUGGUUGCAAUUUCAGUUUCGGCUAUCUAGUUACAAUUAUUAAUUUCAGGAUAUCUUACCAAUAAAAUUUCUGAUGCAAAGUUUAUAUAAAUUUUAGGUUAUUCUAAGGAAAAUGAAUGCUACACACGAAGACAACUUCUUGUUUUCUUUCGAAAAAAAUAGUUCAUUGGCAAAUGAUACUUCGAAUGUGAAUGGAGAGCAAGAUAUAUUUGAUAUCGAGAAAAAGAAGAGAAUUUCUCAAGUAGUUUUCCUUCUGAUUUCUUCUAUCGGAAUUUUCGGAAAUUUUGUAUCGAUUCUUGCUUUGACGAAAUCAAAGAAACUUCGAAAUCCUACAACAACAUUUGUCACUACUCUUUGCGUGGCUGAUUUGCUGUUUUGUUUGUGUACUUUUAUAAAUUAUAUAAACAUCGAGUGGAACCAGAACUAUUAUUUUUGCAUUUUGAUAACUUGGGCAAAAUUUUUCGUUGGUGGAGAAUCAGUAUAUUUAAUCGUAGGUAUUACCAUCAAUCGGUAUAUAUGUGUAGUUCAUCCAAAUUAUUAUCAUUUGAUAUACCAAACGAAGUAUCUAGUUCUUCAGAUAACUCUCGCUUGGCUUUAUUCUUUUCUGAUAUCCCUCUUGCCGUUCUUUGAAAUCUGGGGAAAAUAUGGAUAUGAUCCUAACAGUGGACUUUGCAUAAUUUUGAGACAGAAAGGAACAUCAGCGAAAGUUUUCUUUUUUAUAUCUUACUUCGCGUUUCCAGUAAUUGUCCUUAUCAUCUGCUAUCCGAGAAUUUUGUGGGUCAGUCUCGAGGCCUCUGAACGAGUGAGAAAAUCUAGUCUUUUUGUAACUGCAUCAGGAUUAAAUGCAACAGCAACCUGUAACGGUAUUCAGAGUGACUACAAUUCUGAAAGUCUUAUGAAUGAUAAAGAUAUGAAACUUUUGAAAGUGAUGUUGGUCAUCGUUGUCGCUUUUACGAUUUGCUACUUCCCAAUGGUGCUAAUUAAAUUUUUCGACAAUAAAGCAAAAAUUAGUGCGCUCACUGCAAUAUCAUACUUGGCGAUCAACGUAUCGAAUGUGAUUAAUCCUAUAAUAUACUUCUCGAUGAGCAAUGAAUAUCGAAAAGCAUAUUUGGAGCUAUUCAAGUGCAAAGAUAUUCGACUUCAGUUUUCGGUCUCUACAAACUCAGAGAUGAUCAGUGUUUGAUGUUAUUCUUAUAUUCAUUUCAUCUAUCGAAAAGCAUACUUGGAGCUAUUCAGGUGCAAAGAUAUUCGACUUCAGUUUUCGGUCUCUACAAACUCAGAGAUGAUCAGUGUUUGAUGUUAUUCUGAUAUUCAUUUCAUCUACACUAUAAGUUCUCAAAAUUAUAUCUUCCUUAGAGGGUGCUGAAGAAUUCAUAGACAAUAGGCAAAAUUUUCUAAAUAGAAAUUGAAUUCUCAUUCAAGAAAAGACGCUCUGUGAAUAAAAAUCAACAAGAGUUUUAAUUCUUCAUAAUUGUUAUUAUUAAUAGAGAUCUGAGGAAGAUUAAAAACAAAUUAGGGUAUAAUAUGUUAUUUAAUUUAUUUUUUUAAGGAAAGUGAUUAAUUUAGUUGAAUGCUGUAUAAAAUUCUUUGACAACAAAGCAAACAUUAGCGUGCUCACUACAAUAUCAUAGUUGGAGAUCAACGUAUCGAAUGUGAUUAAUCCUAUAAUGUACUUCUCGGUGAGUACUGAAUAUAGGAAAAAGCAUAUUUGGAUCUGCUUACCUGCUAAGAUUUUCUGCUUCAGUUCUCUGUUUCUACAAACUCAGAGAUGAUCAGUAUCUGAUGUUUUUCUGCAAUUUAUUUCAUCUACCCCAUAGAUCCCAAAUUUUGGUCUAGUCUCUAUUGAAUAGGCUAAUUCAUAGGCAAUAGGAUAAAUUUUUUUAUUGAAAUUCUAAUAAUAGUAGAAG